AAUAAACUGUAAUAAACAACACGGACCUGCAGGUUGGGUGCAGUAUCGUGUCUUUACAACAAUAACAGUCACACGUAGAGCAGACUGUUAAAAAGUUUAAGAUGACGACUUCUUGGAGUGAUCGACUGCAGAACUACUCAGAAGUUCCUGCCAACAUGGAUGGCUUAUCUAUGAAAAAAUACAGACGAGAGGCAUAUCAUAGAGUUUUUGUCAACAGAAGUUUGGCAAUGGAGAAAAUUAAAUGCUUUGGCUUUGAUAUGGAUUACACUCUUGCAGUGUACAAGUCUCCAGAGUAUGAAUCCCUGGGCUUUGACCUGACUGUAGAGCGACUGGUUUCCAUUGGUUACCCACAGGAACUUCUGAAUUUUGUUUAUGAUCCUACUUUCCCAACCAGAGGUUUGGUUUUUGAUACGAUGUAUGGCAAUCUACUAAAAGUAGAUGCCUAUGGCAACAUUUUGGUAUGUGCCCACGGUUUUAACUUCAUGCGUGGGCCAGAGAUUAGAGAAUUAUAUCCAAACAAGUUUAUCCAGCGUGGUGAUACAGAGCGAUUCUACAUUCUUAAUACUUUGUUUAAUCUCCCUGAGACUUACCUUUUUGCUUGCUUGGUUGACUUCUUCACCAACUGCUCCAGAUAUGCAAGCUGUCAGACUGGUUUUAAGGAUGGAGAUCUCUUCAUGUCCUACAAAAGCAUGUUCCAGGAUGUCAGAGAUGCUGUCGACUGGGUUCAUUUCAAGGGGUCGUUAAAAGAGAAGACGGUUGAAAACCUAGAAAAAUAUGUGGUGAAAGAUGCCAAGCUGCCUCUGCUUCUUAGUCGCAUGAAUGAAGUUUCUAAAGUAUUCCUGGCCACUAACAGUGACUACAAGUACACUGAUAAAAUCAUGACGUAUUUGUUUGACUUCCCCCAUGGUCCAAAAAUUGGUACUUCACAUCGGCCUUGGCAAUCCUACUUUGACCUAAUUCUGGUUGAUGCCAGGAAGCCUUUAUUUUUUGGAGAGGGCACAGUCCUAAGACAAGUAGAUACGACCACUGGGAGACUGAAGAUUGGAACAUACACAGGACCGCUGCAGCAUGGCAUUGUGUACUCUGGUGGUUCUUCAGAUAUUGUAUGUGAUCUAUUAGGGGCCAAAGGAAAGGACAUCUUGUAUAUUGGUGACCACAUUUUUGGGGACAUCCUCAAGUCUAAGAAGCGUCAGGGUUGGCGAACUUUCUUAGUUAUUCCAGAAUUAGCUCAAGAGCUACAUGUAUGGACUGACAAGAGCUCUCUUUUUGAGGAACUGCAGAGUUUGGACAUUUUCCUGGCAGAACUUUAUAAACAUUUGGACAGCAGCAGUAAUGAGAGACCUGAUAUCAGUUCACUUCAGAGAAGGAUUAAGAAAGUAACCCAUGACAUGGAUAUGUGUUAUGGAAUGAUGGGCAGUCUCUUCCGUAGUGGUUCCCGGCAGACCCUUUUUGCCUCUCAGGUGAUGCGCUAUGCUGACUUGUACGCUGCCUCCUUCAUCAACCUUCUCUACUACCCUUUCAGCUACCUGUUCAGAGCCGCUCAUGUACUGAUGCCUCAUGAAUCCACAGUGGAGCACACACACGUGGACAUCAAUGAUACAGAAUCACCCAUGGCAACACGCAACCGCUGUUCUGUGGACUACAAAGACUACGACUGCAAGAGACACCAGCUGACGCGCUCCAUCAGUGAGAUUCAGCCUCCUCACCUGUUCCCUCAGACACCACAGGAGAUUACACACUGCCAUGAUGAGGAUGAUGAUGAAGAAGAAGAGGAGGAAGAAGAAUAGGCAGGUUGGAUAUGUAGCACUGCAUUACUGCUGGGAAAAACCAUGGUUUUGACAAAAUCGUAUGUUAAUCUUGAAACUUGUAAUUUAAUGUAAUGAAAACUGUACAUUUUCCGUCGGUCUCUGCUACAUCUUGUGCUAUUUUUAGUUUUUUAUUUCUGUAAUACGGUUAUUUGUGAAACUAAAAAUCACUUUGAAAACCCCUUUAGUGACCAAUUUAAUCCAAGGCAAAAGUGGUCAAACUGUGUGAAUCCGUGAGCAAAGCUGAGUUGGCAAACAUUUUGAACGCGUUAGCAUUUAAAACGCUCACACAAUAGGUUUUUGUAAGCUAUUACUAUGCCUGUGCAAGGAUACUGUAAAGACACCCUCCCAGAUUUAGUUAGCUGCUUUAGUGGCCUGGCAUAUGUUAUUAGGGCCCUAAAAUAGUUCAAUGUAAUGUGGCAUGUCGAGUUCAAGAACGAUCUCGAAUCACUUUUACCACAUUUUCUGCGUCUGUCGUAAUUGCUGCUCUGUUGUAAAAGACUGCUUAUGUUCAUUGAUUUUAUCAUAAAAAAGACAGAUAUGCUCUGAGAUAGAUGCUUUUAUUUAGUUGGAUAUAUGUCUAAAUACUUCUUUCAGGAGCUAUAAAUUAUGCACUGUUCAAUACUGUAAUCUUUUGUAUCUAUCCUGGUUUAAAUGCAGCUUAAGUUCUUGAUGGUUGCACACUGAUGGCAGCUGCAUCUGUAAAUAAUUCCACCCUGUGGAAUGACUGCAAGAGCAAAAGAAUCUGGGCUGUAGUAAAUGCAAAUUCUGGUUUUCCUGAGUUUGGAUCUGCAAUUAGCUUUACAAUACAGAUUUUUAGUUAUUCAUACUUUUAUUUUUUUCUUCUUUGAUUAUGUAGCUUCAAACAUUUCUUGCUUAAAUACUGUAUCGUGUUCAAAAUCAACAGAUUUACUGUGACUGAUUUUAGUCAGGAAUAAAGACGUUCGCCUUUAUUUGACUGAAACAAACUUGUAAUGAAGAUGUCCUGUUUUUGAUAAGACCUGUGCUAAGGUUCCUCCACUUUUUUGACCCUUGCUGGCCUGACUGAAAACUGCCUGUUCCAGGGUCCAUAUGUAUGAAAAUGUACAUAGAUUUGUCUUUGAAGGGGUGGUGCAUACACAGUUCUUUUUGUCUGUAUGUAUAUUUUUUUAUUAUUAUUUUUUUUUUUUUUCAUAAAUCAGAGCACAGCAGUAAAAACUAAGUAAAAUUUAUAUUUUUAAAAGACAAUCUCUGUUGCUAGCCUGUUAACUGGAAUACGAAACAAAUAGAGGAGGCAGUCAGUAUUUAAUCAGUGCAGACAGCUGCUGGUCUUGCUCGUCAGUCAUGUGGAUGAGCAUUCAGGCAUCCAAAGCAGCUUACGUGCAUGUUGGUUUGGGACGUGGCUUUUAAAAGGAAUGUUGAUUUUGAAAAGCACUGGCUUUUCCUGUAACCUGUUAAAAGCCCUAUUUAAAAACAAAUAGGUUCUUCGAAAUGCAUGCGUGCACGUUGCCAUUUCACACUCUUAUUAUGGUAACAAAUAUGUUUAUGUCUAACACAAUUAUACAGUUCAAGAUGACCGUUAAUUGCUAUACAGUUAUUAUUGCUGAUUUAAUUGUCUUUACUCUUGACACAUCAACUGUGAGGACAUCAGAAUUUACCUUUAUAAAAAGGAUGCCAUCAUUUAAAAACACAGACACCUUGUAUGCAUGUGGCCCUAUGGCUGUACUAGGUCCAUGGAUUUGAUUUUAAUCCACAUGGACAAGUAUUAAGUCUACAUGGAUAAGCUCAGUGUUUGGAGUUAUUCAUGUUAAAUAGAAAUAAAUCGCAUUGCUGUGACCUAUUGGUUUAAAAUGUUGACUUGCUAUGUACAUGUAUUGUAUAUAUUCACUUACACAAACGCAUGGUCUCUACACCAGUAUUUGUAAAAUGAAAACCUAAUUAUACUGAACUGACAACUGACUGUUGAUUUUUAUGCUUAUCUGUGAGAUCUGAAGGUUUACAUUAGUCACACUGCUCGUAAAUGAUUUAACUGAUUUGUUGUGAUUGCACAGUGGGAACCAAAAGUCUGAGAUCAGUAAAAUGCUAUUUAUUUAAUAUAGAAGGUUUUAUUAAAUUCAAGUCAUACAAUCAGCAUCAACAAUUUGAGUGAAAAGUCGUAUCUUUGAAAAAUACAUACAAACCCCUUUAACAGAAAAGUUAGGACAUUUUGUAAAAUGCAUGAACAAGAAGAAUCUGUGAUUUGUUCAUUCUCUUAAACCUUUAUUUAACUGACAAAAGUAGAAAGCAAAUUUUUCCAGUGUUUACACUGAUUAACUUUAGUAUAUUUUGUAAAUACUAACACAAUCAGAAUUUCAUACCUGCAACAUUUGUACAUUUCAGAAUUUCUUAGUAUUUUUGCACUACUAAAAAGCAAGUAAGCACAAUUAUCAAAUUGAAUCGGUCAGUUCCUUUGUACAAAAGGUCAGAUUUCCCUGAGUCUUAUCCUUUACAUUAAAGCACAUGCUCAGACAACUUUUGGAUUUGAUCAGUUAUUGUUUACCUAUUACAAAUAUGGCCAUACUAUAAUCAAAUUCUUUUUUUAAAUUUUAUUUUAUUUGUCAGCUGAUUAUUCUGGUCUGCAUCCCUGAUUUGGUUUUUACAGAUGCUCUUCCUGAUGCAACCCUCCUCAUUUAUGCAGAGUUGAUCCCCUUUUUGCUCCUCUAAAAGCAUUUACUGUUCUGGCAAGGCUGAAUUUUGCCUCAUUUCUGUUUUACUUAGUUCAUCCCAGAGUUUUUUCAUGAGGUUGAGGUCACGGCUCUGUGAAGGCCAGUCAGGUUCGUCCUUACUAAAUGUAAAUAACUAUUUUUUAAUAAGACUCAAACAUACAUGGCUGUAUGUCUGUCUGACUUAAACUCAUAAGCAUGAAAAAAUCGCUGCGUGAUGUCCAUAUGUUUUGGCCAUGUUUGACAAAUGCACCUUUCCAUGACUACACAGUUCGGCCAAAAAGACAUUGCCUGUGUGUGCCACCCAAACACAAACUAAAUACUAAUGAACUGUAUGUAGAUGUAACCUUUCACUCAAUGUUAUGCUGUUUACAUGAUUCGUAAUAAAAAAUAUUGUAUUGAAGUUGAUAAAAAUUGAAGCUUUUCACUAGUGGUCUCAGACUUUUGCCCCCAUUGUAAGCUGCCUUUUGUUUGUUAGACUGACUCAGGACUGACUUUAACCCAGUUACUUUCUGCCAGUUUGGGCUUAACCUGUUGUAGUCAAUGAAGGAGUUUUAAAAUCUAUAUCCAGUAAGCACCUUUGACUGGUCUUGUUUUGAUGCAUUUUUAGUUUUCUGGGUUGGCAUCAACAUUUCAUAAUUAAAGAUGCCAAGCCCUAAAGGUUUAGCAAAUCUACUGGAUCUGUGGGCAUUCAUGAGGUUUAGCAGUAAACUGGUAGUGUUGAACUGGGUAACAAGCAAAACAAGUAAAAAAUAAUGGUUAAGUGGUGAGCUGUUGUUAAAGCUGUCUUGUUUGUUAAACUUGUUUUUAUUAUUAUUUUUUGUUCAUACAUGUUUAUUGCAAGACCUUGUAAUUGUAUUUUUUCUAGUUCUAUUUUUCCAUGAUGACAUAAAAUCAGACAUAAAUUACAAUAAAUUAUAAUCUAGUUUUUUCUGUACAAAUAAGUAAUAAAAUAAAUAAAAUAUUGUCUUUA